AUGUCGGCACGAGACCUUUACGCGCGUCGAGAUGCGGGUGGUAGCAAGCGCCGGGUGUUUGCUCGGGACCGCGAGGGUGGUCCGCUGGCCAAGCGCAUAACCGCAGCUGGAGGUACUGGUGGGGCGAGUGGUGCUGGCGCUGGCAGCAAAGCGCCAGGGGCUGGCUUGAGCGAUGCCGAGAGCAAGCUACGUGCACAACUCCUUGCCAAAAUGAGUGACCCAGCACCCAAGCGGCCACGAUCCCGACCGAAAAAGGCUGCGGCCUCAGCUACCAAACCCAAACCGACCGCUGCCCCGACCGCAAGGCCUCCCGUCAAAUCCAAACCUGCUGUGCCCGACACACCGCCGCACGACCCCAGCUCUGAGACGACCCCGCUGGCUCCGGCUGAUACGCCUCCAGGGUCCCCGCCAACAUUCACCCGUGAAAUGGACAAAGAACUGGAGCGCCGUACACCAGACCCUCGCGAUGAACCCUUGGCGGUGCCUUCGCCACCUGGUACCCCCCCAGCCGAGUCUUCUUACCCAGUGGCCCAACGGCCCCCCUCGCCUCCACGCGUACAGAUUGUCGAGGAACCCUAUUAUCCUGCCGAACGGGGUUGCCGACACAUCAACAAAGUGUACGAACAUCUCAACCGCAUUGAUGAGGGCACAUACGGCGUCGUCUUUCGCGUGCGCGACAGGUCAUCUGGUCACAUUCGCGCAGUCAAGCGCCUGAAAAUGGAAAAGGAGAAGUCAGGCUUCCCGGUGACUUCACUGCGCGAAAUCAACACCAUGCUCAAGGUGCGACAUGAGAAUAUUGUUCGGGUCGAGGAGAUUGUGGUGGGCGACACGAUGGACGACAUCUUCAUUGUCAUGGAAUUUGUCGAGCAUGAUGUCAAGGCGCUUUUGGAGAGCAUUCAAAAGCCCCUUCUUCAAGCCGAAGUGAAAACAUUGAUGCUGCAGCUGCUGAGUGGCGUGGCUCAUCUCCAUGACAACUGGAUCCUUCAUCGCGAUCUCAAAACCUCCAACCUCCUGCUGAGUCAUCGCGGCAUUCUGAAGAUUGCCGACUUUGGCCUCGCCCGAGAAUAUGGCGACCCUCUCAAGGAGUACACCACCCUCGUGGUGACUCUCUGGUAUCGCGCCCCAGAACUCUUGCUGGGUGCCAAAUCCUACAGUACGGCCAUCGACAUGUGGUCGGUGGGCUGUAUUUUUUCCGAGCUCUUGACGCGCAAGCCUUUGUUUGACGGGAAUGGCGAGAUUGAUACCAUGAACAAAAUGUUCAAAAUGCUGGGCGUACCCGACGAGACGCGCUGGCCUGGCUUGAACGAUCUGCCUGUGCCGCGCAGCAUGUCGUUACGAGGUCCGUCGGAGAAUCGGUUGCCUCGCAGCUAUGGCAACAUCCUUCCAUCCUCCGGCGUCAACCUUUUGUCGGAUCUCCUCUGCUACGACCCCGCGCAGCCCUAUCUAGAACAGCAGAAGCAAUCGCGCUUCCGGGAUCGCCAACGGCAGUGCAGCAUUAUGGCCACCACUCAGCCAGACCUGCGCAAGCGUCGCGGGUCGCAGCCGCAGCUACUGCCCAACAAUGCUGGCAUCUCAUAUCCCUCCGAUGACGAGGCUACACCCACGGAGGACGUUGCAACCAACACCACAACCACAUUUGCUGAUAAAAACGCACUGUCCACUGAGAAAUCGGGCGCCAAUGUUGUGCUGCUCAAGGACCAGCCUAAGAAGAAAAAAUGGCGUGACUGGUUCAUUCGAGGCAUGCUCUCCAUCGUGAUGAUCUCCCUCUUUGCCGCCGUGGUGUGGCUCGGACCAAUGGCGCUGAGCAUCAUGAUCUUUCUUCUGCAGCUCAAGUGCUUUCACGAGAUCAUCAGCAUCGGCUACUACGGAUGGGACUCGCAAUUGCCUCUCUUUCGCUCUCUCAACUGGUACUUUCUGAUGGCUGCCAAUUAUUUUUUCUACGGAGAGCACUUCAACUUUCUUCUGCAAGAAUUCUUUGCUGGUGCCCAGGCACGUGCUUGCACGAUCCCUCACUCUCACAUGAGAUUCAAAGCUCAGAAAAUCAUCCAGUACCAUCGCUUCAUCAGUUUUUGGCUUUACGUGAUUGGAUUUGUGUCAUUUGUGCUAUCGCUGCGCAAAGGUUUUUACAAAUAUCAGUUCAAGAUGUUCGGCUGGACCCACCUAUCGCUGCUGCUCGUCGUGGCCACCUCCCAGCUCAUCGUGCGCUCCAUAUACGAGGGUCUCGUCUGGUACCUGCUGCCGUCGUGCCUGGUCAUUUGCAACGACUUCAUGGCCUAUAUGUUUGGGUUUUUCUUCGGCAAGACGCAGCUCAUCUCCAUCUCGCCGAAAAAGACCUGGGAGGGGUUUCUCGGCGCUUUCUUUUCAACCAUGGUAUUUGGCGUGCUCUUCGCCUCCACGCUGGCAGAAUACCCAUUCUUCUACUGCCCCGUUGAUUCGCUCACUGCCUACGACAUUGACGUUGGGGUGACCGAAACCACCUUUGCCCUCAAGCCCAUUGUCUUUCACGCCUUGGUCUUGGCCAUCUUUGCCUCCUUGAUUGCACCCUUUGGCGGAUUCUUUGCCUCGGGUCUGAAGCGCGCAUUCAAGAUCAAGGAUUUUGAUACCCUCAUCCCUGGACACGGCGGCGUGACAGAUCGUUUUGACUGCCAGUUUGUCAUGGCCGUCUUCUUCUACGUCUACUACCACUCCUUCAUCAAGGUCAGUGCGCGCAAGGACAAGCCCACACCCCACGCGUCGAGGGACAUUGCGGAUGCAACUUGCUGA